UAAUUCUUAACAUUAGACCUUCAAAAUAAAAAUAAAACAAUUAAGAUUAUAAUAUGUAGAUACAUUCUAACUAUUGCUUCGUUUUAAUUUAUUCGCUCUUUUAUGUAUCAACUAGAGAGAGAUCUAACAUGUGAUUUUUUAUUUAAAACUUGAAGGAUACAAGGAUGGAAGUUAAUUAUUACACAAUUAAGUCGUAACCUGUUUUCUUCGCACAUCUUCCAUCAUCAAUCUAAAUCUUUAAAUACAGAGUAGGUAUAAAAAGAAAUCUCGGCAGGAAAAGAUUGAGUGUGUGAUUUGGUUUUGCGACUUUAACUUUAGAAAAAGUUUAAUUAUGAAUUUCUAUUUUGUAUUUUUAUUAUUUUUCUAUUUAACUCCAACCCGAUCCCAAUUUGGUUUCAAACCACUUAAUCCCAUAUCGACUUUGACGAAUGCAGCUACCAAUGCCGUUAAAAACCUCCCGUUAUCGCCAGAAGAUUUAAUAACACUUAAUUCUGAGUGGACGAAGCAUCUAAAUGUCGCAUCUUAUGCGAACCCUGCAGAACUCGCCAAACGCAAAGAUAUUUUUACUAAAAAUUUCCAAUUGGUUACUCAACACGCAAAGGAUUUCGUUAGUGGCAAAAGUUCGUUUGAUUUAAAACUCACAGAUCUCGCCGAUUUAGUACUCGAUGAAUUUAACAAAUUCUUCAACGGAUACGCAAGCCGACCGAAAAAAUCAAACACACAAAAACCGGAUAAAAUUGAAACUGCAACAACCGAUCAAUUACCCGAAAACGUUGAUUGGAGGCAAAAAGGGGCCGUUACUCCCGUUAAAAGUCAAGAAAAAUGUGCUUCAUGCUAUGCGUUUAGUGCUGCUGGUGCACUUGAAGGCCAUAAUUUUAUAAAAUCUAACACCUUAAAAGAACUUAGCCCGCAGAACAUAAUGGAUUGCGCAAAAGCUAAUUAUUCAAUUUGGGGUUGUGGCGGAGGUUAUGUGGAUGAUUCUUUCAGUUACGUUAAGGAUAACGGAAUAAAUAUCUUGGGGGAUUAUCCGUUUGAAGCAAAAGAUGGGCAAUGUAGGUUUGAUUCGAAAACUAGUGCCGCAUCAGCAAAAGGAUAUGCGUUAAUACCGCCAGGUGAUGAGAAAGCUUUGAUGGAAGCUGUGGCGAAAAAAGGUCCAGUAAGCGUAGCCAUUAACGCCGGAUUAAAUACCAUGCAAUUGUACUCUCGCGGAGUUUAUUAUGACAAAGACUGUAAAAAUGGCGAGGAUGACGUGAAUCAUGCCGUUUUGGUUGUUGGCUACGGAGUGGAAAACGGCGAAAAGUAUUGGUUGAUUAAGAAUUCGUACGGUACUAAUUGGGGUGAAGAUGGUUAUUUGAAAUUGGCUAAAGAUAAAGGAAAUCAUUGCGGAGUUGCUACUUCUGCUUUUUAUCCGAUCGUUUAAUGACUAUAAAUUUUGUUAAUACUUUUGAGAAAUAAAAAUAUAUAGGCAACCAGAGUUACAUAUACAAAUUAGUGUUUUGACAGUAAAAAGUGAGGUUAAGUAAUUUAGGUUAAUUCAAACGCUUCGUUGUCAAAAUAUAUUUCUUAUUAAAAAAAAAACUUGUGAAGAACAUUUCCUCAUUGAUUUCUAAAUCAUUUAAAAACGCAAAAUCGAUUUGAUAAAGUAAAACUUAAAAUCA